AUGGCCUGCUACAACGCCUGCCGCUCCUGGGGACCCACCCCGCUGGCCAACAGCUGCAACGAGCCCUGUUCCCUGCAGUGCCAGGACUCCCGCGUCGUCAUCCAGCCUCCCGCCGUGCUGGUCACCCUGCCAGGACCCAUCCUCACCUCCCACCCCCAGAGCACCGCCGUCGGAUCCUCCUCAUCGGCUGCCGUGGGCAACGAACUCAGUGCCCAGGGAGUUGCCAUCAACUCCGGGGCCUUCGGCUACGGCAACGGCUAUGGCUUUGGAGGCCUGGGCUGCUUUGGCGGCAGAAGGGCUGGAUACAUCUGCUAAGGGCCCUCGCCACCACCCCUGACGGACACCACCUACCGCAUUGAAGCUACGCCAUGGAUUGUGGACUCACCUCUGGACCCUUCUUGCCACGUGGACCUGCUGUCCAUGGCUCUUCCUCUAAAGGAGCCACGAAGAUCUUGGUGCUCUGGCAAGAUCUAUGUCACAGAAGCAACCUCAGCUGAUGGUCACCCUACGUGCAGCAUAUACUUGUCACCGCCUACUUGGUGCUCCUGCCUUUUCACUCUUUUGUUUCCUCAAUAAAGGUCUCUUGCAUCCCAGCCUGAGACAUCUCGCUUUACUUUCUUCUCUCAAGGCUCUUCCAACCUCACCCAGCACAAAGCCAGGGCUCAAGAAGCAAACUGGACAGGGGGGAAAAGGGCCACAAGACUUCUCCCAGGAA